GUUUGGCAAUGGGGCGUUUGCAUGUUUUGAGCUCAGUGGCCAAAUAACCUAGAAUUGCAUCAACACACCCUUGUUCGCGUGCUUGCUAACCAACCAAGCUGCGUCUGGCCCCGACUAAGUCCACAUCGCUCUAGAUAGUCAUAGACGAUUCCUAGAAUGGCUCUUCGCUCUUGCCGCUGCGCGUUUCGGUCAGGCCCUAGCCAUGCGCGUCCGUCGGUCGCCGUCUGCGCUCGCUUUCGGGGGCAACCGUUGAUGGUACAUGCCGUUUGUGGGGCAUCGCCAUCUGCAAAGGUCCUCCUAACACGCGAAGCCGGGAAGAACGAUAAGCUCCGAGAGGCGCUCUCGAGCAAGGGCUUCACUUGCAUAGAGCUGCCCCUGAUUGAGCACAGGGAUGGCCCAGAUAGAGCCCAGCUGCCCUCGCAGCUGCUGUCCGCCUCCCAGGGGCAGUACGACUGGGUAGCCGUCACCUCGCCCGAGGCGGCAGCAGUGGUGCUGGAGGGCUGGCAGGCGGCGGGGAAGCCGCAGAUCCGUGUGGCGGCGGUGGGCGGCGGCACGGCUGACGUGCUGCGGCAGGGCGGCAUCACACCCGACUACGUGCCGUCAAAGGCGCUGGGCAAGGUGCUGGGCUCCGAGCUGCCCCGGCUGCCGGGCGGCUGCGGGCGGGUGCUGUACCCCGCCUCCGCGCGCGCGUCCUCGGACCUGCAGGACAGCCUGGCAGCGGCGGGGUGGGAGGUGACUCGCAUCAACACGUACGACACGUGUUCCGUCACGUCCGUGCCGCCCGAGGCGCUGCAGGCGGCGCUGUCCGCGCAGGUGGUGACGUACGGCAGCCCCAGUGCGGUGAAGGCGUGGGUGGGGCUGGUGGGGCGGCAGGCGGCCAAUGAGCGGGUCAACGCCUGCAUCGGCUCCACCUCCGCCAAGGCGUGCGCCUCCGCCGGCAUCACGCAGCACGUGGUCUACCCGGAGGCGCCCGGGGUGGAGGGCUGGGCGGACGCGGUGGAGCGCGGCUGGCGGGAGCGGCUGGAGCAGGGGCAGGAGGUGGCUAAGGAGCAGGUGGCUAAGGAGCAGGUGGCUAAGGAGCAGGUGGCAGCAGCCUAGGGAAGGAAGGGUAGGGUGGGCAGCGGCGGCGGUGGCGGUGGCAGCAAGGUGCGGGUUGGUGGAGCCAAUAGCAGACGGCGGCGGUAGUGUGAGGUAGGGGGCAGUUCACAAGUGUCAGCGGCUGCAGCUCCGGGUCGUAGUAGCAGCAGCACGUAGUAGCAGCAGCAGUACGCAGCCGGCGACUAGGGCGGAUCCUGAAGUAGCAACAGCAGCAGCAGCUGAGCCCGAGGGUAUUGUUGCGUGGGAGGCAGCGCUCGCUCGGCCUGGCCUUGGAAGCUACUGCCUUUUUAAAUUGAUAUGCAGGCCGCUCAUCUGUAUUAGGCACGACUGCUGUCAAGACAUGUGAAGGAGCGGGAGCUCAUAUUAGGGGUGGUGGGCGAGGGACACAGACCCAUGUGGAUUACGUGGUUGGUAUUAUGCGGGCAUGUCUCGGGGGGCCAGUGUUUCGGUCCGAGGGUCUGCUUUCCAUCCGGACUACUGGUCUAGUCGCAUGCCGGAAGACGGUUCACUUCCCGGCCACAAAAACCAAAUUUGCAGGCAAGUUAAGUAUGGGUAUAGUCAGGUUGCCAGACGGGAUGCUGUGGAAGCACGUUUGCUUGGUUUGGCUCAUGAAUCAUGAGUCGAGGCGGACUGUGCCUCUUCUCCAUGCGGGCUGCCGACUGCCAUGACUUGUAGCGGUGCCAUGCUGGGAAUAAGGAGUACGGAUAGCCGGGCCACGACGAACAGCGUGUGGUACGGUUUGGUUGGGACCUUGGCCAAGCAAAGUCGGUACGGGUGGGCACAUUGACAUACUAAAGCUUUUCACUUCGGACCUUUGGGCGUGCGGUCGCGUCUCGCGUCCCUCCCGUGCGGUUGCAACCCGCCCAUGCCGACCCAGUCUGGUCCAAACCGUUGACAGCUGUAGUUGGUCAGGCUGGUGCAGCUGCACAUCAAGUACGUUGUGUAUAGAAAAGUGGCCGUACCUUGUGUGUGUGUGUGUAAGCAACAUUGCGCG